UCCGCUCUUUCCUGUGAGCGCCAGCGGCGGGAGGUGAGGAGUGUGGACGCCGAGUUUCGCGAUUUCAUCAUAGAGACAGUUCUACUGUAGAGAUGGUCAACGUACCUAAAACCCGAAGAACUUUCUGUAAGAAGUGUGGCAAGCAUCAGCCUCACAAAGUGACCCAGUAUAAGAAGGGCAAGGAUUCCUUGUAUGCCCAAGGAAAGCGGCGCUAUGAUCGAAAGCAGAGUGGCUAUGGCGGGCAGACGAAGCCAAUUUUCCGGAAGAAGGCUAAAACCACAAAGAAGAUCGUGCUCAGGCUGGAAUGUGUUGAGCCUAACUGCAGAUCCAAGAGGAUGCUGGCCAUUAAGAGAUGCAAGCAUUUUGAACUGGGAGGAGAUAAGAAAAGAAAGGGCCAAGUGAUCCAGUUCUAAAUUUUGAGACUUUUUGUCUUUUUGAGGAGAAAUUGUUGAAGCUAUAGAAAAAUUACCUGUAGGGAAAUAAAUACAAUGAUAUUCAAA